AUGUAUGUAAAAUCAUAUCAUACACCUCUUUCCGAUGGUGGUCAUAAAUGGGAUAUUACUUUAUUCUGCAGCAAUGAAGCAAACACGAUAGCUCAUGUUGAUAUUAAUCCGAAAUCUCGGGGUUCAAAAGUUGUUCCUAACAAUGCUAAACCUGCCCCAACUGCUUAUACUAUGACGUACAUGUCUUCUUCAAAGUUCGAGGAACUUCCAUUGAAGUUUGUCACUGUUAUAACAUUUAAAAGCAAAAAUAAUAAAACAAGAAAAAAGAUUAUAAGAGUGAAUGAAACGAUAAAUGAGAAGAUAUUACCUCCUCCUCCUCCAAAGAAAAAGAAGAGAGUUUUGUGUAGCGUGUUUAGGUCUAAGAAAAAUAAUUCCUUCUCGGAAAAAGAUGACGCCUCACAAAAUUGUUGUUGUACGAUCAUGUAA